UGUUCAUUUUGCCAACUACUUCCGGUACGUGGAGUCGUCCAUUUUUUCGAACACGCGCAAUGGGGAAGGAGCCAUUUUGUUCGGAGCAGCAACGUGGCAGCCGGCGUUCUCGGUCGUCUUUUCACAAUGAGUAUUUUUAUAUCAUUGUUGAUCACGACUAUCAGUAUAACAAGUUGCUUCUCGGCCACCGAAAUAUUACAGUCAACGAGCUCGUACUUGACAAAGGCUGAUAGGAUUCAUUUAAAAAAGAUACUUGAACCAGGUUUAACAUCAAACGAUGUUACACUCGUGUAUCAUGCAGUUCAUGGAUAUACAUUUCUUGAGGAAGUUUUGCCAAACAAACAGGAUAUUUGUGACUUUUUAGUAAAAGUUAUACAAGAUGGUAACAACAUCACAACGGAAAAAGCAUUUUACAUUGCAUCUACUUGGCGAACUGUUGGAAAUUGUCAAAGUAAAUCUCCGUCCAAUAUUAUAAAGGUGCUCCGUACUGCGAUAGAGAAAGAGACCUCGAGUAUAAUGGAAUUAUACUAUGCAGUAAGCGGACUGACUAUUUUGUCAGAAAAAUUGUCACGUGAUAAUGUCGACAACGUAAUUAAGACCAUACAAAAUACGUUACGGAAAGAUGACAAUUUGUGGAACUUCGCCUACACAUUUCACAUUGCUUCAGACCUUGGUAGUACACUUGGUUUUGAUCGUAUACAGGAUGCAAUUGUUCAAGCAGAUGAGAUAGAUGGACAGUAUUUACAAUUCGAAGGUGGUCUCUCUGUAACUAGUUCCUUAGUGAACGGUAUCUUCAAGCUGUCCAACACAUUAAAAAAGAAACCGCCAUUAAUACCUCGACAAAUAGUAAAACUGACCAAUUAUUUUCUAACUCGACGUUCCGUGCAGACACCAAGAGGCGUUUCAAAUUUACUUUCUGCAUUAACGACUUUAGCAAAUAACGAUGUUGAAAAACCAACCUGCAUAACAUUAGCUAAUGAAGAAAUCAGCAUUUCUACUCAACAGCCCUUGGUGACAAUAAAAGUUUGCGACAUACUAGGCAAUCCAUUAAGCAACUCGGUCAAAGUGGUCGCAAAUUCUGCAACAAGAGUCGACGACGAUAUUGUCAUAUUCAACAAACAAAGUUUGCAGGCUUCGCCUACAGAUAAAACUUUAUUUGUAAUGAAUUUUAUGGAAAUGAAACCAGAACGUGGAUUCUAUAAGAUAUCAGUCACAGCUGGUGCGGUAACGAAUACUGUUACAGUAAAAGUUCUUUGCGAAGUUGUGGUUGAUCAUAUGGAAAUUGGUACUGCCGACGCCGACCAAACUACUCAACCAAAGCUAACACGAGUUCUCUUCCCUGAGAAAUUAUCACAAAAGAUCGAGGCUGACUCCCAACAGAAAUUAGUCAUGCGAUUCUUACUGAGAGAUGGUGCUAAUAAGAAACCCAUGCGUACACAUCAAGCAUUCGUACGACUUUCUUCCGCGUCCACUUCAAACGAUGAUAAAAAAGGACACGAAAUUCUUUUCGUCGCUGAAACAGAUACAUCGCAUCUUUACAAAUUCGAUAUGCCGAUAGGAACUGCAGCUGCGAAUUUUGACUAUCAAAGUGGGGAUUAUAACGUGGAACUGAUUAUUGGUGAUGCAGUACUGAGUAAUCCUUUCCAAUGGACAGUGGCAACGAUUAAUCUAAAGUUCUCUGAAUCAUCUUCGAUCGGACGAGCAGAUAAAAAUGCGCUUUACGAAGACGAAUCUAAUAUUUAUACGACCAAGCCAGAAAUAAAGCACAUGUUUCGCCAACCCGAGAAGAGGCCUCCUGCCUUUGUUUCAAACUUAUUUACCGGUCUAUGUUUAGCACCAAUUCUCUUGUUGUUUAUUUUAUGGGCUAAACUUGGCGUGAAUAUAUCAAAUUUCCCAUUUUCGAUCAGUGCUGUGACGUUUCAUCUUGGACUUGGAAGUAUUUUCACACUUUUCGGAAUAUUUUGGUUAAAGCUAAACAUGUUUGUUACUCUUCGAUAUCUUUUCGGUCUUGGUAUUGUCACAUUCCUUGCUGGCAAUAAAAUGUUGUCACGUAUAGCGCAUAAACAUAAAUCACGUUAACUCGUUAGAGCACAAUAAUAUUUUUAUAAUUGUGUUUUUACGAAAUUUAAAUUAUUUUGCAAGGAGAAUGAAAAAAAAAAAAGAAACAGGCAAAUAUAAGACUGGGGCUCCGUUAGUACGAAUAAAUCGCCGAAAGUAAUGAACGAACUGGUGUUUCAUCAUGAAUAUCGAUCGUAGUGUAAACGACAGAGCAAUGCGAGCGAUAGCAAUACUAUUUUCCACUGUAAUCGCGUGCGAAAUUAGUUGAAUUUACGAUUGUAACGAAUUAUCAACAAUUGCCAUGAACAAUUUUAUUUGUUCAAAAUAACUUGCAUUUCAUGUUUAUCAGUACGCGAUAUACCUGUUACAAUAAUGCAUAAGAAAUUGCGAAAUCCUCCGAUUAUUGCAUUUUUGAUUCUUUUUUCGAUUUAAGAUUUCAUGUAUGCGUAAAGUACCAUUGAAAACAAAUAUAGUCACGUCAUUUUCGAUGGUGUAUAACUCAGUUGUACUUGAUGAUAAUAAAAAUCAAUUUUUAGUAGA